GCCUGUUACUAUUCCAAAUACUUGAUACGGAAUAUGCAUUGAAAUCUUGCUUAAUAGUAAAUGCUCCGGCACUAUUCUUCACAUUCGUCAAUACAAAAAAGACCAACCUUCUAGAAUGCUAUACAAAAGAAAAGAAAAGAAAAUAUAAAAAGACAACACCCCUAGCGUAGGCAUAAAUGCCAAGAGAUCUGGUUGCCCACGUCGAACCGAUGAGUCAGCAGACAUCACGUGCCAUCACCACCCAUCGAUUACUGCGGAAGGUAUUGCGCUCUCUUUCAUUCUCCUCUUCAUCCCCAUUGAUAGUCACAAUGGCUGAAUCGUUCAAUCUCCCCCUUCGCCCGGUGGUUGAGAAGCGCGACCGCCCCGAUUCCCUCCCCGUUGAGAUCGCCCAGAUCAACACCCAAUGGGGUUCCUUCCGUGAUGUCAGCGAGAGCGCGCUGCGCGAGAAGAUCGAAGCCGAGAAGGAUAAAGACCCCUGGUCCGACGAAGAUGAUAGCGACAAGACGGCGACCGACCUUGAUACCGCCGAGCGGGUGGAUCAGUUGUAUAAGCGACGCGCGGAUAUUACUCAGUUUGCUCUGUAGGAUUGCCUCGGUGGUUCUUUCGUCAAGACAUACUGACGCCGGGAUACAGCCAAGCUCACAUGGAAACCAUGUUCGCUCUCGACUUCGUCUCUCUCCUCCUCUCGAAACAUACGCCUCGCCAGUCCGAAACGUCCAUGUCCGCUUACCUGAAACAAGUUGCGCCGCUGGGAUCGCUGAACGGUGAAAUCGUGGAACCUCCGCCCAAACCCGACUCGGUGCUGAGGGAUACAAAGACGGUGUCGCGUGGGUGGCGGAUGCAGAAUUUCAACUCUGCGGCCAACAAACUGCUCGAUUGCGCUUCGCGGCUGGACUCUGAAGUCACUUCGGAAACGAAAUACUGGAAUGAAGUCCUGGCGGUGAAAGCGAAGGGGUGGAAGGUGUGCCGAUUGCCCCGGGAGCGACAGGCUCUGGGUGUGCAAUAUGGGUUCAUGGAAUCUACGCCAAUAUUUCGCGACCGCGCGCUGGCAGCCCUACGUCGUUUAGACGACGGAAGCUUAAUCCUGGACAAAGGCCUGGUGCCGACCAAGGCGAAAGCGGUGCGGGUACGCGUGAGAAACCAUGGUCAAUUGACAGGAUGCUCGACACUGCCCAAGCCGGCAUCGAAUGCGGAGACAAUUGAGGGCCGAAUUCUCCAGGCGCGAGACACGCUCUAUGAGGAGGAAUUGUUCCAUGAGUUGUUCCGAGAGGCUCGGAUUUUGGGUGGCCAGGGCGUCACCACGCGACGCAACCUGAUUCAAAUCCCCGUCUCGGAAGACCAGGAGAUCUUACUGGACCUCGUUGAUACCGACCAGGAUCCGCUUCCUGACGAGGAGCAGAUUUCUUCAACCGAACAUAACGUGCUUGCCGAUGCGCUGGGCCAUUCUACUAGAAUCCUUCUCUCGUACUCUCACCGACAAAACCUACGCCGCAGGACGCAGCUCCCACCACCGCUGACCCCCAAGCGCCGACACACGCCAGAAUACAGCCUCCUGCGCCCGAUCAUGGCCUACCUUCAGCACAACUCCCACGUCCGAUGGCUGGAAUCACACAUGAAUGACGUGCAUCACAUUCUGAAGUCCGCUGGUCUCGGCAGUGAAUUCACAGCGACACCCUUCUCCUCGGUCGGCCGUCUGUCUCCGGAUGGCUCUAUCCCCAAGGUAGAAUCUUUGGUCCACACGUUCCUGAUGCCAUUUGAAUCGACAUUCACAGGGAAACUGGUUACGGCGCAGAGCACAUUCAAAGUGCGCAUCCGCACCAACGUGGUCUCUCCGCCCCUCGGCACGCACUACGAGAUUUCGGUGAACCUGCCACAGUUCCCCGAGGUCCAGCCUCCGAGUCGCAUCAACAUCCGGGACGAGGCCGCGCGCGUGCUGACCCAUUUUACCAUGCUGGACCUCCUCUCCGCUAUUUCGCAAAAUUCAUCGGCCUCCGAGGUACAGCAGACUGCCAACUCAUCCGAGCUUCUGGUCUGGGAGGUUGCCAAUCCGCACCACGGCGAGCUGUUGGCCCGGUCGGAGGCAGGACAAGGUCGGAAGAUGAAAGUGAGCCUGUCUCGGAAGGAAUUGGAAGCCGACACAUACUCCAUCCACCACAAUCAGGGUUUUGCACGGAUUGGGGGUAAUUCCCCGACGUUACGGUCGCAGACCUGGAGCGCUGAACCCGCGUCUGAGCGGCCCAGUUUAAUGGAGUUUGUUGCGGAAGCAUCGAAGCUGUAGCGGUUUUUGCCUUCCCAGUCCGUCUGUCUAUUAGUUAAGAUACCCUUAUCAUGUUCAUAAUCAGCUACGUCUUUGUCCAUGUUUCCGAUAUGCCAUUACAUUGAUGGCCGACAUAUUAUGAA